AUGCCUUUUGAGCCGCACAGCUUGGGUUAUGCGGAAACACACAACGACAUUGGCCCCCCUAUCUCUCUACAUUUCAUGAGUUCGAAGCUAGAUGGAAUGGAGACCGGGACCGCUGAAACCGACCUUGCUCGAAGCAACAGGAAAACGAGCCAUCAUGUUGUAUCAGCUUUGUUUCUUAGCCAUCGGAAACGAACUAGCCGGAAAGCCGUAAUAUCUUUUAAGCUUCAAGACGUACAGAGAGCAACCAGGAAUGUUUGUGUCACGAAACAACAAGGCCUGGCGAACCAAUCAAAUGCAAGAUUGUUUCUCUGCCGUUUUCUCUGCAACAAUUGA